CAUGCUGAGCCCCAAGAUCAGGCAGGCCAGGAGAGCCCGGUCAAGGAGUUUGGUGAUGGGUGAACAAGUUGGGCCUCCUUCCAGAUCAUCUUCUCCAAAUCCUCAAGAACGUGUCCUGAAGUGUGGCUGGCUAAAGAAACAAAGGAGCAUUAUGAAGAACUGGCAGCAGCGGUGGUUUGUGUUGCGUGGGGAUCAGCUCUUCUAUUAUAAGGAUGAAGAGGAAACUAAACCUCAGGGUUUGAUACUACUGCAAGGCAGUCAGGUGAACGAGCUGCCACCUAAUCCUGAUGAACCAGGGAAACAUCUCUUUGAAAUUACCCCAGGUGGUGCAGGGGACCGGGAAAAGAUGCCUGUCAAUCAUGAGGCUUUCCUGCUUAUGGCUAAUUCCCAGAAUGAAAUGGAAGAUUGGGUGAAAGCUAUCCGACGGGUUAUAUGGGCUCCAUUUGGUGGAGGUAUUGCAAAUAGCUCACAUGCACAUAAAUUAAAACAUUUGCCUCAAGGGAUCUUUGGACAGCGCUUGGAGGACACCGUACAGUCCGAGCGGAAGUAUGGCCAGCGCUUGGCCCCACUGCUGGUGGAACAGUGUGUGGAUUUUAUUCGGGAGCGAGGUCUUACAGAGGAGGGGCUCUUUCGGAUGCCUGGACAAGCCAACCUUGUCAAAGAUCUGCAAGAUUCUUUUGAUUGUGGAGAGAAACCCCUUUUUGACAGCAACACAGAUGUUCACACUGUGGCGUCCCUCCUGAAGCUUUACCUUCGAGAGCUGCCAGAGCCUGUCAUCCCCUUUGCCAAAUACGAAGACUUUCUUUCUUGUGGACAGCUACUCUCAAAAGAUGAGGGAGAGGGUACCCAGGAACUGGUUAAACAGGUGAAGAAUUUGCCCCAAGCCAAYUACAACCUCCUCAAAUACAUAUGCAAGUUCCUUGAUGAAGUUCAGGCUCACUCCAGCAUUAACAAGAUGAGUGUCCAGAACCUGGCUACAGUAUUUGGACCAAACAUCUUGCGGCCCAAAAUGGAGGAUCCAGUGACCAUGAUGGAAGGCACAUCACUGGUUCAGCACCUGAUGACAGUGCUGAUCAGCGAGCAGGGGCGGAUCUUUGCUGUCCCUCAGGCGGAGCUGCCAGGGAGCCAGCUGGAAAUCAGACCAAUGCGCCAGCGCAGCACGGUCGAGUGGAUCUCCGAGGAGGACGCCGAGGACAGCAGGUCACACAACAGCGCUGCCAGCCCUGCUGAUCUGCCUUCUGGCAAUGCUGUGGCAUUAGAGGCCACUCCAGGACCUGCAGUGAAAAUCACUCCUCCAGAGCAGAGCGGCAAAUCAACUCAGCCUGCCACAAGCCCCAGUAAAAGAGUACAGACACUGCCUCCAUGGAAAUACUCCUUCCGCCAGCAGGGAGCACGGUCUGUGAGUCCAAAGCUGGGCAGCUCAUCCUUAGACAUCCCCAACCUCUCCUCCAGCGGGAACUGGUUGAUGAAUGGCCUGUACUCCCUCCGUGGCCAUCGCCGGACAGCCUCUGGGGAGCGAGUGAAAGACUCGUGUUCCUCCCAGAGACUCUCCACUUAYGACAAUGUCCCUUCAUCCAGCCUGUCCCUCAGCACACACAGCAUGGCCAGCACCACCUGGUCUACGUCAUCCUGUGAGAUCUCUGUGAUGGACUCUGUGAGCAGCUGCCCAGCCUGCAGGGCCAGUGACUCUUCUGCUUUAAGCUCCCUAAAAACYGAAUGGGUAACUCAGGACUCGCUGUCUCAGAGCGAGGUCAAGACAGCAGAUCUGGAGAACAGCAUGGACAGGUUUGAAGCCUGCAGCAGCAGCAGCGAGCAGAGUGAUCCAGCUGCAGCUUCCCGAGACUCUGUUCAGUGCUCCAGGGCCUUACAGAGCUUGGUGGUGGAGCUAAAGACAGAACUGAGCAAACAGAGGACUGAGUAUGAGUCUAGUAUCAAAAGAAUUGAAGAAACAAGUGCAGACCUGAGGAACCAGGUGGUUAGGCUGGAAGAGGAACUGGACCAAGAACGAAAGAAAUACACGAUGCUGGAGAUAAAGCUGAGGAAUUCUGAACGCGCUCGUGAAGAUGCUGAGAAGAGGAAUUACCUCCUGCAGAAGGAAAUGGAAGAAUUUUUUUCAACAUUAGGGUGUUUAACUGCUGGGAGUCAAAGUGCUAAAGUCCCCAAGUAGAACAAGCAUAGAAAAUCCUGUUCCUCACAAAAUGAGUGAAAAUGCGUAUUUUGUUCUGGUAUACUCAUGUAUCAUGAGUAAUUCUAUAGUGAUUGUGCUCUCAGUGACACUUGCCCUGUUGUCUUUACAUGUGCUGUAGUACUUGGGCCAGCUGGGAAAGACUGCUGACCUAAUGCUUGAAAAUUUAGUGUCAGAUUGCCAAGRAAGAGUCCCCUCUGUAUUAGCAAAACACGAGAUAAUGUUCUCCAGAGUGUCGUGCUGCCAUCUUUGGACUCAACCGCACCACCCUUCUGCUGGCUCAAGGACAGUGGCAGGUCCUGCAGGGUGGGUGGAAGGCCAGAACCAGUGGAAGAGCUGAACCUGGAGYUGAGGGAUUCCUGCACUUGUGCUUGGGCAGGUGGCAGUUCCAGUCUGUCACCACAGCCGGGGGGUUUGCCAGAUGGAUUUAACGAGGUGGUUUUCGCCCCAUUCCRUACAUAAAGUUUGUUCAAAUUUCUCAUUCCUAGAGUGGCAUUAUUGUAUGAAGAUACUGUGAAAACAAGGUCUGCAAUGCUAAAGACACAAACUUGUGACYGUUCUCAAAAAUUGUCCCUUACCCACCACAUGGUUUCAGUGUUUCACAGAAAUGCAACUUACUAAACUGUAUGUGAUUAAUAAUCAGAUCGGCUACACAAACUCCAUGGAAUUUUAAAUAUACACAUUUUGCCCUCGG